AUCUUGCGGUUUGAUUGGAUGGGGAUGACUUCAUCAUUUAGUAAAUAAGAAAAAAAUAACUUUUUUGAUCAAGAUGACCUCACCUGCGUAGAAUACCAAAAAUAGAAUAAUUAAAUACCUGCUUACGGACCAAAUCUGGUUGUAAACGAAAUAAGUAAGAAGUAUCGAAGGACUGUGUUGUAAAUCUUGAAAAAAAAAAUGAAGUCAAAAACUAUUACACCAAAUGGUGCCAAGGGUGAAAAAUCCUCUCAGCCUGACCAAUGACUAGACAGUGGUGUCCCAGACACUGGUAACCAUGUCAACCAGACCACCUGUUGCCUAGGUAACAGAAUGACCAACAGUGUGAUGGACAUAUCAAAUCAUGCUGGACCAGUAGUCAGUAAUGAGUUUGACGGAGAUGGAUCAGAGGAGAGCUUACAUUGCGAGGAGUUAUCGGAUGCCAGUCCGGAUUGUGGUUGGAUUUUACUGGAUCAGGAUGUUCUCGCAUCACUUCUGAGGAAUGGCUUGGAUAAGAUAUUGCUCAUUGACAGUCGGUCAUUUCUGGAGUACAACGAUUCACGUAUUCAACAGUCUGUAAAUCUCUGCUGCUCAAAACUUGUAAAACGGCGACUUCAACUGGACAAGGUUCACAUCAGAGACCUUGUGACCCAGACCUGCCAUAUUGACCUUGAGGAGUACUCGGAUGUGAUAGUGUACGACCAGUGUACCGAGUCUCCGGAACUCCUAACGCCAGACAACUUCCUGUCUAUUCUACUGCGGAAACUAGUCAUGUGUACAACUUUUAACAGUGUAUCCCUCCUCAAAGGUGGUUACUUGGCAUUCCAAGCCAUGCAUCCCUCUCUGUGUGAGAACAAGUCCAGCAACAACUACAAAUGUACCCCCCUCACCUCCCUCUCGCAGCCCUGCAUGCCCGUGGCCAACAUCGGCCCCACACGGAUCCUUCCAUUCCUUUAUCUCGGAUCACACAGAGACGCCAUGUCUCAGGAAACUAUACAGAUUAAUGACAUAUCCUAUGUCCUCAAUGUCAGCAUCACCUGUCCCAAGUCUCCAUACGUACAGGACGGGCAUUUCCAUCGCAUUCCAGUCAACGACAACUACAGUGCUAAGCUGUUACCAUUCUUCCAUCAAGCAUUCCAAUUUAUAGAUAUGGUGAGGGAGGCUAAUGGUUGUGUGAUGAUACACUGUCUGGCCGGUAUCUCGAGGUCUCCCACUCUGGCAAUUGCCUACGUUAUGAAGUAUUUACACAUGUCAUCAGAUGAUGCCUACAGGUACGUGAAGGACAAACGUCCCACCAUCUCGCCAAACUUUAACUUCCUUGGGCAGUUACUGGAGUACGAGAAGUUUAUGAAGCAGGAGGAGGAGGCUGUGAAACAGAGGCGGGAUUCCGGGGGAUCUCUCAGUGACGGAAAAUCAACACCUAUCAUCAUGGACCUUCAGACAUGUAGCCCUUCAUCUCCAAUCGCGAAAGUGACAAAACCGUUCUCAUUCGAUACUCAGUGGACUCCUCGCUCCCUCGAAUGUGAUCUGAAGCGUGACACAAAUGACAACCUGCCAUUAUUGGCUGAUUCGGACACAUGGGACAAUUAUCAGUGUGAAGCAUCGAAUAUGGAGAUGGACUUCCCAGAGAAGAAAAAAUUCAGUGACUCUGGUAUGUUGUGUAGUAAUUUUCUCCCUCCCUCAGAUAAUGCCCCAGUGACACCUAGUGCUGAGUUACCCCCCUUUCCUUUUGGUGAUUCAACAAUCAGCAAUGGACAUCAGUCUGACUCACAACAAGACCUAAAAAUUCAAAAAGAUUGCAAGAGGAAAUCACCCUCCCCAGCCCCUAAGUCUCCUGUGAGCAGAUCUUUCACCUUAUCAUUAAGUCCUGUGUCUCUUCCCUCAGAAGGAGUUAACGCCUCCAGGGACAGAAAAAGAUCUUUGGGAUCCCCAAUGACAAAACCACCCAGCCUGGUGUCUCCUUUAUCAAGAUCUCCUGGGAAAACCUUUGUCAGACCAUUCAGUCUGCCCCUAUCUCCUGUUCUUUCCCCAGGAUCACCAGAAACCAGCGAAUCUGCCAACUCGGAUCCACUCAUCAAGGAUUCAUCCAGUCACCAACAGGAGGUGUCUGCUCAAGGGCAUGAUGGGAAGGUGGCAGCUGUGACAAAACCAUUCUCAUUACCAUUAUCUAGUGUGAAUGUUCCUGAUGCUGGGGACAGUGUUAGUAACCAGCAGAAAAAAUUCAAACAAGAGAGAAACUUCUCCUUACCACUGACAUCUCACUCUCAGAAGGAAGGAUAUCAGUCAGAACAGACAGCUGGUAAAUCUCGUCCAUUUGUUCUACCCAUAUCACCUCUUGUCUCCUCGGAAAAAAAUUUAUCUGUCCUGGAAAUCACCUCAUCUUCAUCUUCAGGUGCACCGACUCCGAUUAAAAGUCCAUCAAGGUCAUUCACACUACCACUGUCUACAGUCAGUCUACAAAAGAAUCAGGGACACAAGCCAGCAAUGGAUUUACCUAGUCCAUGUCAACCAAGUCCAUGUCUGGAAUUACCCAGUCCAUGUAACCCAGAUUUGACAUUGUUAACUAGAGUGACAGAAAGCACAUCGUUGUCAAUGUCAUAUGAUUCACACACAAGAAAAUCUCAACCAAAACUUGAUCUCAGUUUGUCUACUAUCUCCCCCGUGUCUCAGUCAAAGAGUUGUGAAACCUCAGGGGCUGCCCUCCCCUCCUCAUUAACACGAUCCACUCCUCAUGUAACAUUACCCCAAACCCUGAGUUUACCUUGUAGAGCCUCUGAGUUGCGAAACCAGACAUCACAGACGAUAUAUUCACCCUCUGCUGCCCUCGCUGACCUACAUUUCAGUCAGUCGAUCCCAGAGAAAGCGGACAAACCGACCCCACUGCAACAAUUCCCAUCUACCUCUCUCCACAAGCUUGACUUCACUCCUUGUUUUGCAACAGAAAACAAAACCAAGGAAACUGUGUGUUCAAUGGAUGUUUCUUCAGAUCCUAAAGAUUCAGUGGAUUUGACUUCUCCAAUUUCUAGUAGCUCGACUUGUAGUUCAACUGUAACCUCACCUCUGGGUCACCAAGUCACUCUUAGAGUAAAAGAAAAUAGGGCAAAGAGACCUCUUAUACGACCAAACAGUAUUGCAUUCUCCAAAUAUCCGACCUUUGACCUUGGGUCAGACUGUCAGGAAUCACCGAGUUCGGCAAGUAGUACAUCACAGGACGACUCUGCCGAUACCUAUCUUGUACAAAAUGGAAAGCGCUCAAAGGCUUCAGAAUCGCAUGUGGGACGCUAUACAGAGCGGGAUGUGUAUCGACAAAUCACCGCAGCGAUGGAAAGUGCAAUGUUCAGAACACAAGUGUAUGAGGCGAGUCGUAAAGCCCGUAGCCUGGAUGAUAUGCUAGCUUCAGGAGAAACAGUGUCUGGGAAAUCCUCAGGAUCUGUGUGUUCUCCAUUUGGGAAAUUUCAACUGCGGUGUGGCUUGGGACCAGAAAGAUUUAAUUCUCCAGGAGCGUACGAAAACUUGCCAUGUCAUGCAUCAAAGGAUGUGUACCAGUCCAGUAGUAGCAUAUCUUCUAAUGGCAGUCAUGGGUCAUUGCACGGGAGCCUGGAGAUCAUACAGGUUGGGGAGUGUCCUAAAAAGCGACGGAAAACAUCAGAGAAAUAAUGGGAUGACAACGGACUUUGAAUCCCACAAUGCAACACUUGAAAUCAACCAAUGAAUAUAAAGAACAACCAAACAAACCUCAGGAACCUGGCAUUUACAGACACCCCCACUGGCCUGUAGAGAGCUCCGUGCCUUACGAAAUCCAAAUUCUCUGACAUGAAGUUUAAGUGAGUAAUGAACUAUGGAGUACCUCAAGGAGAACCUCUUCAUCCCUCACUGUUCAAACAAAGUAGAAAUGAUGUAUGUGGAUACCAUCUGUAUUUCAAACAGUCCAAAAGGUUAAAGUUUUCAGGAGCAUUUUUAUACAGUUGCAUGUAUAUGACACAGUGUGCAUUUUAUUGUAAAGUUUGUACAUGUGAAUGUUCAUUCAAUCUGUGUUAAUUGUUGUGAUUAAGUUAGAGUAAGUAAUUUUGACAACUUCAAACACAAAACAUUUAAUCAAGCACAUUAAGGUUUACUUUGAACUGUUUACAGUAUUUAGGGUUUUAAUUAUGGGAAUAAGUUGUUCCCAAAUCAUUGUUCAGUAUUUGAUAUGUGAUGUUUGUUGUUAAAUGUUAAGAAUUCUCAGGAAAAAUCAAGUUGUAAUCAGGAGGAGGAAAGAGGGUUUUCUUUCAUUUUAUUUUCAAACCUGUCUAACCAUAUCAGACCAGACAAAGGGGUUUUCAUUAUUUAUAAGAAAGCAUUUUUAAAUGUCUUUGCAAAAAGGAACUUUUAUUAUAUAUUUCAAACAUUAUAUUCUGGCAUAUAUAUUCACCUAUGUUUCUAUUUAAAGUACAUUUAUUUCUAAACCUUUUGUAUUGUGCAAUUAGAAUUAGAACAAUCAGGAUCAGGCAAAGAUUUUGUGAAUGAGGGUUCAUUGCAACUUUUUAAAUACUUGCAAUGUAAAUUAAUAUUGUUUUUUGAACAAUCCAUUUACACUUGUUAAGGAGGUAUAUAUGCAUGUAUGUUUUUUUUCCCUGUAUAUGAGAAAAAAAAUACAAAACUGCAAAUUAAUACAUCAACUAACCUGCUUAAGAUUCAUAAAUAUAAUGAAGGAAAUUACAUCAAUUUGUUAAGAAUAAACGGUCAUCAUGGUUAUCUACUGCCUACAAAUCCUUUUUAAAAAUGUGCAGCUCUCAAAAAGAAUUAAGAUUUGUCAUUUAAAUUCUAUAAUUAUUUUGCUUCAAAAUGUUUGAUGAGCAAAAUGUUCACAUAUAUAAACUAAGUUUUUUUUUUAUAUAUUAAAUCACUUAUAGAGGAACCAGGAGGACCAGCACCUAUUUAUAACCUAGCUCUCAACUAGUAAUUUAUUUUCUCAGUCUUACAUCUUAAUAUUGAUUAUGGGUAUUGUGAGAUACACUUCCUGAUGUUGAGAUGCUGAGUUUGAGAUACUGAGUUUGAGAUAUUUUUCUAGAGUGUCUUAAGGAGCGUGAUACUGUUGCAUUCAAAGAGUCUUUAUGUAUAGAAAACUGUGAUUGUGUAUAUAUUUCCUGGUGCGUGUUUAGAGUAAGGUUUUCAUAUUUUCACAGAGUAAUAUAAACCAUGUAUAUACAUGUAGAUUUAUUUAUUCAUUUAUUUAUGUGGACUUCACAUUUUGUGUCAUCAAGUUCCCGGUUUUAUCUUUCAUGGUUGUGUUAGCAGAAUCUGGUCACAGAAAAGUAACGUCAGUAAAUGACAGGACAUAUUGAUGGGAGGGGGAGGGAGUAUGGCCAUCUUUACUCUAAAGUAUAAGCUCA